AGAAAGAGCAACAGCCGGGCGCCGCGCCUCGGCACGCGCAGGUCCGGGUCCCAGAGGCGGGAACCGAGUGGCCGGGCCGCGGAGCGCGCGGGUAGGAGGCGCCGAGGCAGCCCGUUGCCUAAGCACAAGGAGCAGCAGGGAAUUCGCUCCCACCCACAACCAGCUUCUUGCAGAAUCCUGGAUCCAGGAUUGCAGGUUGACUCUCCCCAGAGGUGUGAGCAGGGUCCUAGGCUCUCUGACCUCAUGAGAGCAGAAGGUCUGGAUCCCCUGCUCAGAGUGCUCAGACCCCUGAGACUCCCACACUCCACUCCACCUCCAAGCCUCCCCAUGGCAACCCAGAAUGGCAACAGUAGUUUUGCACCCAACUUCACUCCACACGAAGACCAUGCCUCCUCCCUCCCCUUCAACUUCAGUUACGGUGAUUAUGACCUCCCUCUGGAUGAGGAUGAGGAUAUGACCAAGACCCGGACCUUCUUUGCAGCCAAGAUAGUCAUUGGUGUGGCCCUGGCAGGCAUCAUGCUGGUUUGUGGCAUUGGCAACUUUGUCUUUAUUGCUGCCCUUGCCCGCUAUAAGAAGCUGCGCAACCUUACCAACCUGUUCAUUGCUAACCUGGCCAUCUCCGACUUCCUGGUGGCUAUCAUCUGCUGCCCCUUCGAGAUGGACUACUAUGUGGUGCGCCAGCUCUCCUGGGAACACGGCCACGUGCUUUGUGCCUCUGUCAACUACCUGCGGACUGUGUCACUCUACGUCUCCACCAACGCCCUGCUGGCCAUCGCUCUUGACAGGUAUCUCGCUAUCGUUCACCCCUUGAAACCACGGAUGAAUUAUCAGACGGCCUCUUUCCUGAUUGCUUUGGUCUGGAUGGUGUCCAUUCUCAUCGCCAUCCCAUCGGCCUACUUCACCACAGAAACAGUUCUCUUCAUCGUCAAAAGCCAGGAAAAGAUCUUCUGUGGCCAGAUCUGGCCAGUGGACCAGCAGCUCUACUAUAAGUCCUACUUCCUCUUCAUCUUCGGCAUCGAGUUCGUGGGCCCAGUGGUGACCAUGACCCUGUGCUACGCUAGGAUCUCGCGGGAACUCUGGUUCAAGGCGGUGCCUGGUUUUCAGACGGAACAGAUCCGCAAGCGGCUGCGCUGCCGGCGGAAGACGGUCCUGGUGCUCAUGUGCAUCCUCACCGCCUACGUGCUGUGCUGGGCGCCCUUCUACGGCUUCACCAUUGUGCGCGACUUCUUCCCCACAGUGUUCAUCAAGGAGAAGCACUACCUCACGGCCUUCUACAUCGUUGAGUGCAUCGCCAUGAGCAACAGCAUGAUCAACACCGUGUGCUUCGUGACGGUUAAGAACAACACCAUGAAGUACUUCAAGAAGAUGAUGCUGCUCCACUGGCGUCCCUCCCACCACGGGAGCAAGUCCAGUGCUGACCUCGACCUCAAAACGAGCGGCAUGCCGGCCACAGAAGAGGUGGACUGUAUCAGGCUGAAGUGAUCCGUUGGUGUUUCAGACACCCAAAAAGCCAACCCUUAGAGCACACUUCACCAGUACCCAAGCGCGUAGGCUGCAUGGGGAAAGGGCAACUAGGUUCACACCUCAGCACCCUGGAGAGCUGGAUGUUCUGGGCCUUAAAGCACAGUGAGACUAGACACAAACCACAGCAGCUAACAUUUCCUGAUCUCAGCUCAACACAUCAUGUGUGCACAACCACACCCGUGAGCCCAGACACAGGUAACAGCAACUGACAUUGACUGAAUGUCUACUGUGUGCUAGCCACAACAGUGAGAUAAGACUGGGCUGAUUACCCACUGUGUACAAAAAUAUUUAAAUAACAGAACAAAAUGGUAGAAGUUAUUGGGGUCAUCAAGCUAUAUCCAGAUGUAUAGAUGACCAGACAGAGGCCACAAAUGGCUAUCUGGAGUCUGGAGUCACUUUCCAUCUUCCCUUAUUCUGUGUCUCAUCAAUUCAGACGUGAGAAGGCCAUAGAAUAAGGCACUUAGACACAGUGGAAGUGUACAAAUAACGUUUGUCCGAGUGUGGGGUUUACAUACAGCCUUAUGGAAUGAGAGUUCAUGCCAUCACAUUGAGCUUUCCCACUCAGCUCCUACUACCUCUCUAGGAUAUUCUCGAAGAUUCUAGCUGCCAGAAAAGAAUUUUUCUCAUAACCAGGCCCUUGAUUGUCUACAGUGAUAUAAUUUCAAAGGAAAGAACCAAAAAAAAUCUCUUUUCCACUGAUGCUUGAAAGCUCACUAUUCUUUUGGAUGAACAUAUACAGUCCUUCAGGGAGGAACACGUCCAGAUUCUGACUCCUUAGUGUAAAGGAUUUCAAGGGCUCUAAUGUCAUGAAGGAAGGAGACAGAGAAAAGGGUAGACAGAGCUUGCACCUGGCAAUGAACAUAAUCUUUGUGGCCAUUUUGCUAAGGCCUGGACCACUUUUCUAGAACAAACCCCCUUUUACAAGAUGAGCUCUGCCUGGAAUCCAAAGGGCUGGAAUGAAGUCCUAACUCCAAGAUUCGUAUGACCUGGAUAUUUCUCUCUGUAUCUCAGCUUUGCUUCAAUGAAAUAAGGAUAAUGAAAAUACCUGUGCUGUCUAGCUUACAGGACUAUUGGGAGUAUCCCCAUUGAGGUCAUAAUUUGUAGAAGUGCUUUUCAACAAUCAAGUGAUAAAAAUGGGUAAGUGAUACUGAACAGUUUGUUUGCACAAAGGAAACCCCAUCCACUACGGCUUAUUAUGAAGAAACACUUGCACUUUUUCAUACCUAUUCUUUGGAUCCCUGAACUCUCCAUAGUGUAGCCCAUCUCUGCUGGAGCAAAAAAGGCCUGGGUUCUAAUCAGGAAGAUUCACUGGCAGGGUCUGAGUGACCCCUCCAGACUCAGCAUCCCACAGCCCUAGAAGUGUUAACAAUCUUCCUGAAUGUUGCCAAACAGCACUCCCCAGGGCUGCAUAAUCUGUUUCUAUUAUUAUACAUCUGUGGUGGUUGUGUAUAUUUGCCCUUAUCUCUUCCUGAAUCAUUUUGAAGCAGAGACUAUACAAAUGGUGUCUGGUUUGGGAAUAACCCAUCCACAUUUGGACAACUACUUUUCUAUAGAGUAGGAGUUAUUUAGUUGUUUGCUUGUCUUUUUUUUUUUAAUUCAUUUUUGGUUUGUUUAUCCAACAGUGAAGUUUCAGUCAACAUUUUCUUCCAUCAGCACCCAGCAGACUCACUUUCAGCCCAGUCUGUACCCUCAGAAAAUGUAAACUUACUUUAAUAUUAGCCUAAGCCAAAUGGUUUAUAAAUUCUGAGUGUAUUCUAAAGCCAGGCAAGUAGGUGUCUGGGGUUACGAACAUAGUAAUAACUGUAUUUUUAUUUAUUACCCCAUCCUGAUGCUUCUAAUAAGACUCUUUAAGGGUAGACCGUGUACCAAUUAUGUUUGUCAAAAGAAUUCAACCCCCUUUUUCCUCUUAAUCCAAAAAUGUCCCAUCCUCCCUUCAUUUAUUUUAACCGAAACAACCUUUGUAAAUACCCUUGUGUAUUUGUGAUUUUUCCAUUGAAUAGAAGUGUUAUGUUAUCAAAUUAAGUAACAUAAGGAGUCUCAACCACACGGUGUUCAAGCUUCCCCUCCACCCCCGCCCCACUGAUCUUUCAUAUAUGUUAGUGUAUUUAGAUAUAAGUAAUAGCCAUCUAAACAAUUCAACUCUGAAACAGAGAAGGAAGUUGUUGAAGGCAUUUUUAGAGUAGUGGUAGCUCAUACCAGCAACAAGUCCCAUCCCAUCUUGGUUACAUCCCUUAAGCUUAACAGCCUAGAAGAAGUCAUGCAUGCAAAUAAGCAGAGAACCACUACUCUGUGCCCAUGUUAUCCCUUCAUUUUAAAAUUAUCUUGUUUGUUGAAUGAAAACUGCUGUUUGCAUGGAGAGUGUUCAUUCAUCUAACUGGUGUUAAAGUAAUAAAAUAAUUUGAAUUUACCCUUUCCUUCUCAAGACGAAUUAAUGAUAAGCUUAAGAUACUUUUAACAUGCUAAGAUAUGUAACCAUUUAUAUAUACAAUUAUAUAGUGGAAAUUUCA